AUGUCGCAGCCCGUCGCUAUGCAGAGUCCUUUGACAGUCGUCUUUCUCUUGCACAUCGCUCUUGAAAUACCAGUGGCCAUCCAAGGAAUAUGGUCUCCUCAGAGCCUUCCCUUCCUUGAGCUCAACAAUACUACGUUGGUAGUCUUGAAGCUCUACUCGGCGUUACUACUAGGAACCUGUGUUGCUUCCUUGCUCUGCUUCAGCUUGCCUGAGUUUCUACCCGGAAAGCGCGCAUUUGCCAUCGCCCUCUGCAUGUAUCAUUCGAUCUGCUCCACCAUACUCUUCCAGUCUCCUCGCUUCAUCCCGAAGUCGAUGGGCGCCUUAGCCGAAACAUGGAAAUUCACACCGGAGGUCCUGUGGGGUACUCUGCACGGUCUUCUGGGUCUAUUCUUCAUGGCGUGGUGGCAGGGAACGGUUGGUUCCGUCACCGCCGCAAAGAGGCUCCAACAGUGA